AUGCAGACAAUACACAGUCAGACAAGUGAUACGCCGGCUGUUUGUGUCCAUACCUGUCAAUACCUGUCAACACCUCUACACGACGACUGCAAACUCGACAUGAUUAACGACUCGUUUUGGGUUUCAAUCACUUGUUUACUCGGUUUGGUUGCUAUCAUAACAUGCACUGAGUCUAAGGCUAAUGGACCUAAAGUUACAGACAUUGUCUACUUCGACAUCAAGAUUGGCGACGAAGAGGUCGGACGUAUUGAGAUCGGACUCUUCGGUAAGACUGUUCCCAAGACUGUCAAGAAUUUCGUCGAACUGUGUGUCAGACAUAAGACCGAGGAGUCGACGGAUGGAAAGUUAGUCGGAUAUAAAGGCAGUGCUUUCCACAGAGUGAUCAAUGACUUCAUGAUUCAGGGCGGUGACUUUACUAACGGUGACGGAACCGGAGGUCACAGUAUUUAUGGCAACAAAUUCGCGGACGAGAACUUCAAACUCAAGCACUACGGCGCCGGUUGGCUCUCGAUGGCCAACGCCGGCAAAGACACCAAUGGCUCACAAUUCUUCAUCACUUGUAAGAAGACCUCUUGGCUCGAUGGACGACAUGUCAUAUUCGGCAAAGUUAUCAAAGGAAUGGAUGUCGUCCGCAAAAUCGAGUCCACAAAAACUGAUUCCGGAGACAAGCCUUCGAAGGCUGUGGUGAUUGCAGACUGCGAUACACUUCCAGUUACCGAACCAUUCCCUGUGACCAAAGAUGACGCUCUUUUUGACACUCAAUCUUCGCGAAGACACCAAAUGGGGAAAACACGAUAUGAACUCAUUUUGGGUCUAAACAAAGGCCAUAAAGUGACCAAAAAUGAACGCAAACCCAAACCAUCGAGUUUUAAAGGGCGCAUAACGAAGCACAACAAGUUCGUGAGGGAUAUCGUGCGCGAAGUCUGUGGAUUCGCUCCAUACGAGAGACGAUGUAUGGAACUGUUGAGGAUCUCCAAAGACAAGAGAGCCCUGAAGUUCCUGAAGAGACGUCUCGGCACUCAUCUUAGGGCGAAGAGGAAGAGAGACGAGUUGUCCAACGUUUUGGUCCAACAGAGGAAAGCGGCCGCCGCUCAGCAUAAGUGAUGAGCUGAUUAUCACUCGUCUUAUGGUACCAAUUGGCAGACAAUUCAGACUCUUAUGACUUGUAUUAAAGAAUUAAUAAAAUAUUGUUUCAAAACAUAA